GGCGGGAUUUGUGUUGAAGCCUGUGCUCUGUCAGACAUGCGCAAGAGCGUCAGCAGCAGCAGCAGCAGCAGCAGCACCGACACCACCGCGGCGCUGCGUUUCCGCCUUGGCUGAGCGGCGCACACAGCCGAGAGGGGAGGGGAGGGAAGCCGUGCAGAAGGAGCGGAGCCACCGAGACGCAGUGGGGGCACACAGCACGGACUCCGAGCAAAUUGCACCGACGCACCAACAUCCCAGCAGCCCGUCUCCCCCCAAAUCCUACACGUCAAGAACCGAAACCUGUGCGGUGGCGCGCCAGAGCCCUUCCAGCAUGGAGACUGCGCUAAAAACCAAGCACUAAAAAUGUGAGAUUUACAAGAGGAGAGACAGAGAGAGAGCGCGCGCGUGUGUGUGCGUGUGUGCAUGAGAGAGAGAAAGUGGCUAUCCCCCUUUAUCUUGUGCGGGUGAUCUCAAUUCUGUGCUCUGCAGUCUGAAAAUGAAGAAGUUCAACAUCAGGAAGGUGCUGGACGGCUUGAAAGAGGUGUCCUCCUCCACCCCGUCUGUCCAAGUGGGGCCACAGGAGAACCAUCUGAUCCAGGAGACCCUCCAGUCCGAGCAUUUCCAGCUCUGCAAGACUGUCCGUCAUGGCUUCCCCUACCAGCCGUCGUCCAUGGCUUUCGACCCUGUGCAGAAGAUACUGGCCAUCGGUACCCAGAGUGGAGCUCUCAGAUUGUUUGGUCGUCCUGGCGUGGAGUGUUACUGUCAGCACGAGAGUGGAGCGGCCGUCAUCCAGCUACAGUUUCUCAUCAAUGAGGGAGCGCUGGUGAGUGCUCUGGCUGACGACAGCGUUCACCUGUGGAACCUGAGGCAGAAGAGACCAGCCAUCCUCCACUCCCUCAAGUUCAACAGAGAGAGAAUAACUUUCUGCCACCUGCCCUUCCAGAGUAAAUGGUUGUACAUCGGCACAGAACGAGGGAACAUCCAUAUCGUCAACGUGGAGUCCUUUAUGCUCUCAGGCUACGUCAUCAUGUGGAACAAAGCCAUUGAACUGUCCUCCAAGGCUCACCCUGGACCAGUUGUCCACAUAAGCGACAACCCCAUGGAUGAGGGAAAGCUUAUAAUUGGAUUUGAGUCUGGGAUCGUGGUCCUGUGGGAUCUGAAAUCAAAGAAGGCCGACUAUCGCUACACUUACGAUGAGGCGAUCCACUCAGUUGCCUGGCAUCACGAGGGCAAGCAGUUCAUUUGCAGUCACUCAGAUGGAACUCUGACCAUAUGGAACAUCAGAGGCCAGGGCAAGCCCAUACAGACAAUCACCCCACACGGAAAACAGCCCAAGGACGGGAAGAAGCCAGAGCCUUGUAAACCCAUUCUCAAAGUGGAGUACAAAACCACUAGAAAUGGGGAGCCCUUCAUAAUUCUGUCUGGUGGUCUGUCCUACGACACGGUGGGCCGGCGGCCUUGCUUGACAGUAAUGCAUGGGAAGAGUACAGCUGUGCUGGAGAUGGACUAUCCUAUAGUAGACUUCCUCACACUCUGUGAGACACCGUACCCCAACGAUUUUCAGGAACCUUACGCUGUGGUGGUCCUUCUAGAAAAGGAUUUAGUGGUGAUCGACCUUGCACAAAACGGUUACCCCAUAUUCGAGAACCCCUAUCCUCUGACUAUCCACGAGUCUCCUGUGACCUGCUGCGAGUAUUUUGCUGACUGCCCUGUGGACCUCAUACCUGCACUUUACUCUGUUGGCUCGCGGCAGAAACGACAGGGCUACAGCAAAAAGGAAUGGCCUAUUAGCGGUGGAAACUGGGGUCAAGGCACACAGAGCUACCCAGAGAUCAUCAUCACUGGGCAUGCUGAUGGAACUGUGAAGUUCUGGGAUGCCUCUGCAAUAAUGCUCCAGGUGCUCUAUAAGCUCAAAACAGCCAAGGUGUUUGACAGAAACCGGUCCAAAGAGGACAAGGGCAGCACCGAGGUGUCAGACGAAGACCCCUUUGCCAUUCAGAUCAUGGCCUGGUGCCCCGAGAGCCGGAUGCUGUGUGUGGCCGGGGUGUCAGCCAACGUUAUCAUCUACCGCUUCAGCAAGCUGGAAGUAACUACUGAGGUGGUGCAGCUACUAGAGGUGCGAAUGCAGUACGAGCUGAACGACAUAGAGUCUCCAGACGGCGGGGGCGGAGGGGGAGAACAGACAUCGGCGCUUCCCACCCCCGGUGCCUCCCCUCAGACGAGCGGCCCACCUUCACACCCCUCCACCAGCAGCAACAACUCUGACGGCGGCAACAUGCCCUGCCUCAAAGUGCGAAGUACUCCUUUGAAGCAGUCCGCAGGUUACCAGGUAGAUUUGGUGGUCCAGUUAGUGUGGGUGAGCGGAGAGCCCCCGCAGCAGAUCACAAGUCUGGCGCUCAAUUCCUCCUAUGGCCUUGUGGUGUUUGGCAACAGUAACGGUCUGGCAGUGGUGGACUACAUCCAGAAGACGGUAGUGCUAAACCUGGGGACGGUCGAGCUUUAUGGCUCCAAUGACCCCUACCAGAGACAGCCUCGCUCGCCAAGAAAGACACGACAGCCUUCUGGAGGUCUGUGCGACAUCAACGAGGGCUCCGCCACAUCAGAGGACCGCUGCAAGUCCCCUACUUCAGCAAAGAUGUCACGGAAAUUAAGCUUGCCUACUGAGCUAAAGCCAGACUUGGUCCUCCUGUCUGUAUGCCCGCCGCGGGGUGCCAACCCAUUAGACCACCGGGACAAUUCCUUCAGCCGCUCGCGCUCCUCCAGCGUCACCAGCAUCGACAAGGAAGCACGAGAGGCCAUCAGCUCCUUCCACUUUUGCGAGACCUUCGCCCGAAAGGGGGACAGCAUUUUGACGCCCUGCCUGUAUGUGGGCACCACUCUGGGCACCGUGCUGGCUCUAGCUCUCACAUUGCCACCUGCUGGGGAGCAACGGCAACUGCAGCCAGUUAUCAUUUCACCCACUGGCAUGUUGGUGCGGCUGAAGGGCAGCGUCAUGCGGAUGGCUUUCCUGGACUCAUCAGGUGCCAUGCUGUCCCCCGCGUACGAGCCGUGGUUCGAACCCAACGUCACAGCCGACGGCGAAGAAAGAGAGAAGGUCCGCAAGCGCCGGCCCGUCUCGGUGUCCCCCUCCACCUCCCAGGACCUCAACGAGAACCAGUACGCCGUGGUGUGUUCAGAGAAACAGGCCAAAGUCAUCUCCCUCCCCUCCCACACCUGCAUCUACAAACACAGUAUCACAGAGACCUCCUUCAUCCUACGGGCCGACGUGGUGCAGAUGGGCCAAGGCGUGUGUGUGGCGUGUUUCUGCGCCAACGGCCACAUCAUGACCCUCAGUGUGCCCGGACUGAGACCGCUCAUGGAUGUAAACUACCUGCCUUUGACAGACAUGCGGAUAGCAAGGACGUUCUGCUUCACCAACCUGGGUCAGGCGAUGUAUCUGUGCUCCCCCACUGAGAUCCAGAGGAUCACUUACAGCCAGGACACCUGUGAAAACCUACAGGAGAUGCUGGGUGAACUUUUCACACCAGUGGAAACACCAGAGGCUCCCAACAGAGGGUUCUUCAAAGGCCUCUUUGGGGGAGGAGCACAGUCACUGGAUAGAGAGGAGCUAUUUGGUGAGGUAUCAGCUGGAAAGGCAUCCCGAAGUCUGGCCCAGCACAUCCCAGGCCCCGGUGGCAUCGAGGGCAUGAAGGGGGCAGCCUCUGGUGUGGUCGGAGAUCUGGCUCGCGCCCGGAUAGCACUGGAUGAAAGAGGCCAGAAACUGGGCGAGCUGGAGGAGAGGACAGCUGCCAUGAUGGCCAGCGCGGAUUCCUUUUCCAAACACGCCCAUGAGAUGAUGCUGAAGUGCAAAGACAAAAAGUGGUACCAGUUCUGAUCAGUGACGGGGGAGGAGCAGAGCUCCACGGACACGACUGUCACCUUCCAUUGGAUCAUUUGGACUCACCGUGACCCCCCCCCCCACACACACACACUCAUCCGUCUGUCCAUCCAUCCGUCCGUCCAAGCCUUCUUCACUGGGACACUUGGGAAUUCUUCCCUAGCACAAUGUUGAAUACUGUUCUUACCUCAGUCUUAGGGUGGAACUGAGGGGUAGACAGGGGAGAAGGACCGCCUCAGAGGGAGCAAAUAAAUGGUGUCUUUCUUUUUUUUUUAUGUUUUUGUCUCUUUGUUUUAUCUCUGUUCGAUUUCUCCUCCGAGGUCGCCGAUUGGCCCACGCACCUGGAGAUUCUUCAUUCUCAUUUGCCAAAAUGUCCGUCACUGUUGUCUCCACUCUGAGCCCGUCGGGCCGGUAUUCAAACCGACGAACAUAGCUGAAAAAAAGACAAAUACCUAAUGAAGAAACAGACUAUUAAAAAAAUUCUUAAAAUGUAAAAAGAAGGAAAAAGAAUCUAAAUACAUCAUUAUAUAUACAUAAAUCUAAUAAAUGUGCAACGCUGUAUCCACUUCCGAGUGACAAGUACAAAAGAAAGGGAUAACUCAUCGAGGAGAAGGCUGAAGAAGGCGGCGUUGGAGAGCCACAGGAAGUGGUGCGACAGUGACGCCUCCUCUAUGCAGAGAGUCAACGGGGAUUAAAGCAACUUAUUCUGAUGUACACUGGAUAUUUCGUCAUCUCGCUCAACCUCUAGACUCUCCUCUGUAUCUUACAGACUUUCAUAUCGUUACCAACAACGUGUGUGCGUGUGCGUGUGUUAAUUUCUAUUUUCUUGCCAUUCCUCUCUUUGUUAUUCGUUGGGUUUUUUGCUCUGUCUGUAUUAUUGGAAAAUCUCUUAUUUUUCUAUUGUUGUGAAAGUGGAUGAUAUUUGAUUUGUUGAAAAAAUACGUUUUGUGGCUUUUAUCUAACAACUCAAAUUAAUUUCUCCUUAUGAAAAGGGCUGGAAUCUAAAAAAAAGGAGGGCAAGGAUACAAAAGGCAUAUAUCAUUUAGUACUCACUGACGUGGCGACAUCAGAUUCAUCAACGCUGAACUCUCAAAGCGAGUGUGUAUGAACCACAUGUUUAUCAUUUACCUGAGGAUUUCAUCUCUUGACCUAUCUGAUGUGAUGUAAACUGCCUCCCUCACCCUCUAAUGUCAUACACUUCCACGGUUUGGCUCAGUCUGUGAGUGUGACUGUACAAAUGCUGAUGAGAUCAGUGUUAAAUACACCAAUAGUCUAGCCAGAUUUGGUUGAGUACACAUCAAUAUGAAGAUCACAUACACAUGAGUAGAAUCCCUAUUUGUGUGUAUUCAUAUAUGCAGGAUAAUAGAAAUACGGAUGUGUAAUCCUUUAAAGGCGUACAUUUAAAAACAUAUUUCAGGUUUCGCUGACAGUUGUCUGUAUGAGAACGUCGUCUGUGUGACUUCUUUGUUGAUAUUUAUUUAUUGAGGUGCAAGAGACGGUCGUGUUUGGUGUCAGAAACGUUCACCCUCAUUAUUAUCUCGUUUCUAUAUUCCAUAUUUGCGGUGAAGCUCAAAUGUGGUGUAUCUCUCUGUCUACCAGGCUUUUAACCUUUAUUUGUAUAUAAGUAAAUAGUUUGACAAUCUAAGACCAACUGGAAAGUAAAAAUGUCGAGGUUGCUUGAGCAACAGAAGAGGAGAGAGGCCAUAUUUUUUCUGACGCCAAAGAGUUGCUUUAGCUUUUCCAUUGCAUUGUCAUUUUCACUCACCACUCCAGCAGACGGGAUGCGGUAGUAUGUGUAAUAGAGUAUAACUUCACUAAUGGAGUGCAGACCAUUUAGGGAAUAUUAUCACCUUCAUCACUGUUCAAGGUUCAAGAAAUGGGGCAAGUUGCAAUGGAGCUAUUUCUAAUAGUAUUGCACUGGCGGACCUAGAACAUUCAGCACCCUAGGCAGGCUUCCCCUGGUGCCACCCCUCCAAAUUAAUAUUAUAAUUUAUAUCUGUGUAUUUAUUACUGACAAAAACAAGAGCUAAUGAGAAAUUAACACAAAAAUAUCUUAGCUAACAAACAAUAAUGAUAAGUAACAAUAAUAGAAUAUGUUAAAUUUGCAAAUUUGGUCAUCGGAUGGCUUUUGCCUUUUCAUUUUCUCUUGGGGGAGGGGGGAGCUGCCUAUGUCGCGUAUAGAAAGAUCCACCACUGUGCUAUUGUUUCAUAAUAUGUCAUAAAGAGUAGCAUUUGGACUAACGUGCGAAGCGGCCUAAUUCAGUGGUCCCCAACUGGUUCAACCACGGGGUCCAGAUUUCUCCUUAGUCAUUAGUUCAAGGUCCACACAGUUUGACACAUUAGCAUCAUACUUGAAUUCGGCCAUGUCUCCGAGCUAGUUUUCUCUCUCUUUUAAGUGGCUGUCCGUUAGUCACUCACUCUACAGCAUGAAAUGGCACUUAAGUGAUAUAAUAAUUUGUGGAUUUGGGGGGCCAGUGAGACUUCUUGAGCACUUGGCAGUAUGGCAUGGCACAUUAUCUUGCAGGAAUGGUGCGACCAACAUAACCAAGUCCUCAAGGCAUCGACCUGGCCUCCGAAUUCCCCAGAUCCCACUCCGAUCAAGUAUCUUUGGGACAUGCAGGUUCUUAAACUUGCAACCUACGGGAGACAAAGGUUACUUGCGCUUGGCCAUGUCGUCAAGCUAGUUUGCUGUCUUGGUCAAGUAGCUGUGCGUUCGUCACUCACUCUACGGCAUGAAACUGCACUUCAAAAUAAAAGCUCUGUGCCGAAAAUUCACGGUAGUUAAAAAUAAAGAAUGGUUUUUUUUUUUACAAACCAGACAUGUUUGCGAGACACUUGCAGCCCAUUUAGACUCGACCCAUGACCCACUUUUGGACCAUGACCCACCAGUUGGGAACCACUGGGCUAAUUGAUAGUUGAUAAGGCUGUUUCUGUAAGACAAAUUCCUGAACCAUUCCUCUACAGCUCAGACACACAACAGUAUUUAUGGUAUUCAUCUGUGUGUGCGUGUGUUUGGGUGUGUGUGUGUGUGUGUGUGUGUGUGUGUCAGGGUGUGCUCAUGUAAAUUAAGUGAUAUGAUUUAAGAUUUUUGUUUAAUAAUUGAUGUUGAUGUCUCACCAGUCGUCAGUCUGUGUCCAGUUGAGUGUCUGUUACACUAAAGCCACCAGUUACAGUUAAACUAAGAUAAUAGGAUAACGAGCAUUAGAGGAUGACCUCUGAGUUUCGGGUUUAAUUUAAAAGGCGCAUGUUUUGUCUUUGCGCACAAGCUUCGACUCUCCUUCACUUCAGUUUUUGCCUUUCUCUCUUCCUCCAGCGAGUCUUCCAGUGACUCCUGGUUCCACAGCUACAGAUAUGGCCUUCUCUGUGUUUAGUAAGCAUUGUAGUGUGGAUGUUGGUAGGUAGCUCUGUCUUUCACCCCCCAAGGUGAAGAAGAGGAAAAAAAAACACUUCAGGAAAAAUAGUUUUAGCUAGAGGUCAUCCCUGAAAACCUAUUCAAUGUCUUUCCUUCCAACCCAAUCGUUAUUUGUGUUUCUGUUUUUUUUUUCUUAUUAUUUUCAAUGUUACAUUUUUUUCUCAUCUUUGAUUGACUUGUUUUUCGUCCAUUCACCACAGUAUGCAGUAUUCUUACCCAAUACAAUCCACACACUCAAGCAACAUGAG